AUGGGCGGGGCAUCGGGGCGGGGCAAAGGUCCCCCGCUGCUUUCCCCCGUCUGGCUUGCACGCAAUGCCUUCCCACCCGUUGUGGGGGCGUGGCGUUCGGAGGAAGGUGGAGUCAAUGGGGCAACGCCCCUUUCAUCAAUCGAUGGCGUCUCUCCCCCCAUGAAUCCACAGACUCUUAAUUCUGGUGUUAAAAGCAGGAAAGAUGUUUUUUUGCAGACUUCAUAUGCAAAAUUUCUACGUUUUUCGUCUGUGAUGUUUCGUGGCAAGAAAGAGCCGUUAGAGGCACUCAGCGUGGAAGAUGCAUCCUUGAAGGAACGCCCUGUGUGGAAUGAUACCCUGCGUGGAAUUCUGGUGGCUCUUGUCAAGGAU